ACUUCCCUCCCUCUCUCUCUCUCUCGCUUUCUUCUCCCCUCGCAUUUCACGUCACCUUCCUCCCAAAGUCACAAACCGCUACACCAUUCCGCCAAGUCAAUAUAAGCCUUCUUCUUUUGCAACCCCUCUCCCUCCCCACCAUUUCCUUCUUCCUCAAUCCCUUCUCUCUCAUCGCCUUCCGAUCACAACAAUCUCUCCCAAUCCAAUUCAAUUCAGUUCCGGCAUGCCGUUGCUGGUAGACUGCUCCAGCUGCAACACGCCGCUGCAGCUGCCGCCCGGCGCUAGGACGAUCCGCUGCCCCCUGUGCCAGGCCUUCACCCGCAUCGCCGACUCCCGCGCUCAUCCACCUCAGCCUUACUCUGCCUCCUCCUCCUCAUCUAACCACAACCCUCCUCCGCCCUCCACUUCUCCCUACAACCACGCGCCGCCGGUGCCUCCUCGGACGGUGCACGGACGGAAGCGAGCUGUGAUAUGUGCCGUGUCGUACAAGCGGUCCCGGCACGAGCUCAAGGGAUGCAUUAACGACGCCAAGUGUAUGAAGUACUUGCUGGUCAACAGGUUCAGCUUUCCAGAAUCCUCCAUUCUCAUGCUCACCGAAGAAGAAGCUGAUCCUUAUAGGCACCCGAACAAGCAAAACAUCAGAAUGGCGCUGUUUUGGCUUGUGCAAGGUUGUCAAGCGGGGGAUUCUUUGGUGUUUCAUUAUUCUGGUCAUGGAUCACAACAGAGGAACUACACUGGGGACGAGGUGGAUGGAUUUGAUGAAACGCUAUGUCCUUCGGAUUUUGAGACUCAGGGGAUGAUUGUCGAUGAUGAGAUCAAUGAAACAAUUGUCAGACCUCUUCCCACCGGGGCUAGGCUUCAUGCAAUUGUGGAUGCUUGCCACAGCGGUACUGUGCUAGAUUUACCGUAUCUCUGUAGGAUGGACAGGAACGGGAAGUACAUAUGGGAGGAUCAUCGCCCAAGAUCAGGUGUUUGGAAAGGAACAAACGGUGGAGAGGUCAUUUCCUUUAGUGGCUGUGAUGAUGAUCAAACCUCUGCUGAUACCUCAGCUUUGUCAAAGAUUACUUCGACUGGUGCCAUGACUUACGCUUUCAUCGAAGCCAUCGAGCGUGGACAUGGAAAUACAUAUGGUAACAUGUUGAAUGCAAUGCGAUCUACCAUCCGUAACACAGACAAUGAUGGUGGAGGUGGUAUUGUGACAUCUCUUAUCUCCAUGCUUUUGAAAGGGGGGAGUCUUGGCGGGAUAAGACAGGAACCACAGCUAACCGCCAAUCAACCAUUUGAUGUGUAUACGAAGCCUUUCUCCUUGUAGUUAUUGAAGCAGGAUUUCCCUACGAUUGCUCAUGAUCAUUCAUUAAUCGUGUCCCGGCCUCCUAUUCGUGUGUACACUUCUCAGAGAAACCCAAUUUUGUAUCUGCUUGUGUUUAAUUCUGUUGUUUACCGAUCUAUGUUUUCUGUGUUCUUGGAUGAUGCUCGAUGGCUGUUAGGCAUGCUGUGUAGAUCUGAUAUCAAAUAGACCCUAACCGAUAAAAUCUGUGUCUGAAACUUCCUUGCAUUGGAACAAGAACAAGCUACACCAAGUAAACAACGCAAA